CCCCGGUGCCCCCGCCAUGCUGCCCCGGGCCGCUUGGGCGGCUCUCCGGUACCACCGGGCGGCUCUCCGGUAACACCGGGCGGCUCUCCGGUACCACCGGGCGGCUCUCCGGUACCACCGGGCGGCCCCGCGAUGCUGCGGCGGCUGCUGGAGCGGCCGUGCUCGCUGGCGCUGCUGGUCGGGUGCCAGUUCGCCUUCGUGGCGUAUUUCUCGCUGGGCGGCUUCCGCAACCUCACGGCGCUCUUCGGUCGCGCCGCCGGUCCCGCCGUGGACUAUUCCCGGACCCACGACGUGUACGCCAACCUCAGCCGCGUGGCUGCCGGUACCGGCACCGGGAGCGGCCCCGCCGCGCCGCCAGACCCCGCCAGGCCGCUGCCGUUCUGCCCUGAGAGAUCGCCGUUCCUCGUGGGGCCGCUGGCCGUGUCCUUCGCCCGGGUGCCGACGCUGGAGCAGAUCCGGGCCAAGAACCCGGGGGUGCAGCCGGGGGGGCGGUACCGACCCCCCCUGUGCGAGUCCCGCUCCCGCACCGCUGUCAUUGUCCCGCACCGCAACCGCGAGGGCCACCUGGGCCACCUGCUCUACUACCUGCACCCCUUCCUGCAGCGCCAGCAGCUGCACUACGGCAUCUACGUGGUGCACCAGGCUGGGAACUGCACGUUUAACCGGGCCAAGCUGCUGAACGUGGGGGUGAAGGAGGCCCUGAAGGACGAGGACUGGGACUGCCUGUUCCUGCACGACGUGGACCUGAUCCCCGAGAACGACCACAACCUCUACACCUGCGACCCCUGGAACCCCAAACACGCCUCGGUGGCCAUGAACAAAUUCGGUUACAGCCUGCCCUACCCGCAGUAUUUCGGGGGAGUCUCGGCGCUGACCCCCGACCAGUACAUGAAGAUCAACGGGUUCCCCAACGAGUACUGGGGCUGGGGGGGCGAGGACGAUGACAUCGCCACCAGGGUGCGCCUGGCCGGCAUGAAGAUCUCCCGCCCGCCCGUCUCCAUCGGCCACUACAAGAUGGUGAAACACAAGAGCGACAAAGGCAACGAGGAGAACCCGCACAGGUUCGACCUGCUGGUGCGGACGCAGCGCACGUGGACGCAGGACGGGAUGAACUCGCUGAGCUACGCGCUGCUGGCGCGGGAGCUGCGCCCGCUCUACACCAACCUCACGGCCGACAUCGGCUGCGACCCCCGCGGCCGCCCCCGCGCCCCCCCCGCCGGCCGCUUCCGCGAGGAGAUGCUGCGGCAGCCGCCCCGCGGGGACCUGCCGCCGCUGCCGCUGUCAUUGUCACCUCCCCGCAACGGCAGCGCCGCGCCGCCCCGCGGGGGCAACCACAGCGUGGCACCCCCGCCCUGAGCCCCCCGAAUCGCCGCCCCCCGAGGCCGGGGUGGGCUCCGGGCUGGCGGCGAGCCCGGGGGGGCUGCUGGCCACCGGGGGGAUGGGGGACACCCCCCGGGCGGGGGGGGGGAUGUGGGGUGAGCCGGGGGCUCGCCCGGCCCUGUCCCCCCCCCCCCCACCCCAUCCCGCCGCGGGGUUUUUGGGGUCCCCGGCUGGGGCGCGCGGGUAUUUAUUCUAUUUAUGAGCCGCUCCCUGGACCUUUCUAAAGGGUUUUUUUUCAAUUAAAAAAAAAAUCACUUUGUCCUA